UGGGUUAUAACUGAACAAUUGAAGGUCUAAGGUUGCCACCACCGUCAAACUACAUUUCCCAUAAUGCACCAACAAAAUGGCUGCUGAUCACAAAUGAAAACACCUGAACAGGAAUGGUAGCUCAGUCUUCAAACAAGCCAAGGAACAGCACAGCAAGCUCUACUCAAGAGUUUACUCCAAAGACACCAAUGGUUAUCAACCUGACGGUUCAAGCAUUGGUUGAUUAACUUGAAACCAACAAGUCUAAGUUGGUAAAUAAAACUCAACGAAAGGUGAAUCAAGAGUUGUCCCGGUGUGUCCUUUUGGAGUGGAACUAGAGUGGAACUUAACAGUUGAUAACCAACGGAGCAGCCUGGAGUGGAAGAUAAAGGGCUUCAUACCAGAUAAGCUGUGGACGGAAAAAGGAAAUAAAGAUGGCUGAAGAGGUCUUGGGGAAGACUGUCAAACUACUGAAGCAGGAGAGGACCAUUGCAAAGAGCAGCUUCACCAAACUGGCCAACUUCAUUUCAAGGGGAGCAAACACUAUGCUGAGAGCCGAAUUAAAGGAGGAAUUUGGAAAACUUUCAGACCGGUUCAGGUCAGUGCUUGAUUCUAAUGAGGACUACAGGAUCGGACUGGAGGCUGACGUCAAGGCGGCGGAUAAUGAAGCAGAACUUGAUAAGCAGCAAGAAACCGACAUAAAGACAACCAUAAAAGAUGCAGAAAUUAAAAUGGAGGAGGUAAGGGACAUUGUACAAACUAACCUGUGGGGAAGAUAUGGAAAGAACGAACUUAGAACAUCGAUUCUUGAAGCAGAAGAAGCAAUUGAUGAAGCUGACAGGGUUCAAGUCAGAAGUGACAAUCUAGAAGGCUAUGAAGUUCACCUCACCUUAUUGGAAGAAAAGAUAAACGCAGCCAUCUCAGCAAUGUCUGAGUGGGAGAGAUGGAUCCCCGAAUCAUCAAAAGAUGAACUGGCUGGGAGACUUAAAGAACUGAGAGCAACCCACAACAGGCUACAAUUGAGAAAAGCAGAGUUUGCCAUAUCGAGGAGGCUGGCUGAUCAAGGCACAAGUGGGAAACCUGUCCAACCACCACCACCUGUUGUGAAGAUAAAACCAACUACUCUGCCUGUCUUCCAGGGAAGUAAGAGAGAGUUCCACAGGUGGAGAAAGGACUGGGAGAGCCUGCAAAGGCAGGGGGAGCCCACUGGCUCACCUGAAGUUCUGAAGAUUCAGCUUCUGGAGAGUGUGAGCGAGACCAUUGCAAAAGAAUUAAGACUUUCAACCUAUACAACAGCAGCUGACAUGUUCAGGGUCCUGGACAAUAGAUACGGCAACAAGUCCACCAUUACAGUUGAAAUCCUCGAAGAACUAGACAAUAUGCCUCCAGUGAAGGGGAACCAGCCGAGGAAAGUCAUUGACCUGAUUCAAUCUGUGGAGAAGGCACUGGCAGAUCUGACAGAGCUGGGGAACGUGGGAGCCAUGAAAAAUCCAUUAGUCAUCAAGUCCAUUGAAAGCAAGUUACCCGACUUCAUAAAAAGAGACUGGCUAAUGUUCCUGGUCAACCCUGAAAAUAAUGUCACUGCAGAUACUCACUUUGACAUGCUCUUGAAAUUCCUGAAGAAUCAAGAAGAGAUACUGGAGAGACUUGAACAACUUAAAAUUGUGGACAAGAUAGACAAGCCAGAGAAAAGGCAUGAAAGAAAGACUGCAUCAACCAGAGCUACAAAGAAAGAAGUUGAUGAGGGCUGUGGUGUCUGUGGUGAUCGUGGACACAGCAAAAAGGUCUUCUUCUGCAAGAAAUUUAAAGCUUUGAAACUGUCCGAAAAGAAGUCUGUUCUAAAGAAACUGGGAGCAUGCAGCAAAUGCUUAGGAUACCAUGAUGAUGACGGAUACUGCAGGGAAAAUUUUUUAUGCAGGAAUACAGACUGCAAAACGGGAGGAACUGGUUCAGACCACCAUUAUUUCCUGUGCCCAAAAACUGAAUCCAGAAGAGGAGAAGGGGGUAAAGGUGGAAGAGAUGAAAGAAGUAAAGGGAAGUUCACAGAGGAACAGGAGAAGUUCUUGUCACAACUUUCCCCAGAACUAGCAGAGCAAUGUCGAAAGGCAUUCACUAACAGGUCCUCAGUGACACUCAAAACAGCAGGCCAGUCUGAGCUACUGAAGAAGAAUGGGCUGAUUGAACUUCCAGUGAUCAUGAUGCUGAUGCAGGUGACGGCGAACGCAGGUCAAAAGAUCGGUACCCUCAUUGACCUAGCAUCUGACACCAAUUACAUAACCCACAAAGCUGCUGAAAGAUUGGGCCUGAGGAGUGAAGAGAUAACCCUGGUCAUACAUGGGGUUGGUGGAAUGACUAUGCGAGUCAAUACAAGAAGGUACCUCCUAAAGGUCAGAGUCAAGACUCCAAAAGGGACUGAAAGAGCACAUCAACUAGUCUGCUAUGGCCUGGAUGAAAUUGCUAAGGUAUAUCAAACAAUUCAGCCUGAGAAGUUAAAAAGAUUCUUCCCAGAUGUCCAGCUCGAAGACCUGAAGAGACCAGCCGAAGUUGAGCUUCUCAUAAGCCACCGUGAGGGAAGACUUGCACCUCAAAGAGUCAAAGUCAUCGGAGACCUUGUUUUGUGGGAAAGCCCAUUGGGGAAAACAGUGGGCGGAGCCCAUCCUGACUUAUUUGAAGAAGUGGAGGUGGCAGCAUAUGAGUCAAGAACCCAUUUCGCUCGCUCCAUGCGAACCGCUGCUGUCAGAUAUCAGGAGAUCACAGUUCCAACAACCAAACCAGGCUGGCAACUGCAGGAAGAUGCGCUGUCCAAAUUUACAUCUGCCAGUAACCGUGGGUUCCUUGAGUGGUGGCACUGGGACAGCAUCGGAGCCGCAUGCGAGCCAAGAUGUGGAGGGUGUCGAUGUGGAAACUGCUCACCAGGAGGAAGAGACAUGACCUUAGCAGAGGAGAGGGAGCUUGAGAUCAUUAAAGGAGGCCUCACCUACAAGGAAAGGGAUGCUCACACACCUACACCACACUGGGAUGCAAAGUAUCCUUGGACUGAAUGUCCUACAUCUCUCCCUGAAAACAAAAGGGCAGUCCAGGCUUGCUUCUUAAGGAUGGAAAAGCAACUAAGCAAGGAACCAGAAUGGAAAGUCGCUUAUGCAACCCAAAUCCAUGAAAUGGUCGAAAGAGGUGUAGCCAUGAAACUCACCAGUGAAGUCAUGGAGAAGUGGACGGGACCAGUGUGGUAUGUCAGCCACUUGGUGGCGCCUAACCCUCAUUCAGUGACAACACCAGUUCGCAUUGUCUGGAACAGUAGCCAGAAAUACAAAGGGGUAAGCAUGAAUGAUCUUCUUCUAAAGGGACCAGAUGUCCUUAACCCCAUCAGAGCCGUCCUACUAAGAUUUAGAGAAGGAGCGUGA